CUUGUCCGGAUGGUUAUUUUGGCCAGAAUUGUUCAAAGAAAUGCACGUGCAACAGAUCGUAUAGUUUAUGUGAUCACGUUACCGGCAUGUGUCACUGUUUUCCAGGCAAAACUGGCAAGGACUGCAGCUCAGUCGCAACUGCGCAUGAUGUUUCACAGAUUGUACUGAAGGAACAUUUGGAAAGAGAUGCUCACAGCAAUGUCUUUCUUGUCACAACGGUGGAAAAUGCUCCCCCACGGACGGAAGCUGCACUUGUUUGGCUGGAUUUUCAGGCAUUAAAUGUGAAAAUGCCUGUCCUUCCGGAACCUGGUAUGUUUGAUACUGGCUGUCAGCCUUACGUUCAUAGGGGUGCCGGUUGCGUGAAUCAGUGCAACUGUCCAUACGGAUCCCAAUGCAACGUGACCAAUGGAAAUUGUAGAUGUCCAGCUGGACUCCACGGAAAGAACUGUGACAGUUACUGUCCUAAAGGUCGAUACGGUCAUGACUGUGCGCUUCAGUGCUCAUGUAGUAUGUUCGCCAAGGGUUGCCACCCAGUAACGGGUGCCUGCUUGUGUCCGCCAGGCUUCAUCGGUCUGCAGUGCGAAAACGGUACGAUUCCUUCCAUAGCUUUUACUUUCUCUGUAAUUCGUUUCCUUCUUAUUUUGCUCUUUGUCAUUUUCUUGAUAUGUCUCGUAUGCUGCUACACUAAUGUAUUGCGUUUAGUGUGCCCCAAGGGGAGUUAUGGAGAGGAUUGUUCAAAGUUCUGCUCAUGUGCUGACGGCGAAGUAUGUCAUCCAGCGGCCGGUUGCUGCAUCGAAGGUCGAACAUGCCCUUCAAGUAAAGGAUCAGUGUAUUGCCGUAUACUCCAACGUCUGAAACGUUUGCUUUUAGUCAGUGAAUACCUGCCGGUAGUUUCGGUCAGUGACGAUAGCACUGGAAGCUCGUCAACUGUACUGGUUCCCGUAGUAGUUGUCAUGUUGUUGUUAGUCAUUUGUCUUCUUGUACUCCUUGUCGGGUACUACCGAAAAAAGUAUCUCACGGAGAAAGACCCACUACCGACCAUUCGGUUUACGACUGACGAUUCACUUCCGGCCGUCGCGGACGUCAACGAAUUCGACAAUCCACUGUAUGACCCGUUCGGCGUCAGAACAAAGACGAACUUUGACUCAAAGCUAGGGUCAGAUGGCAAAAGGUGUUCCAACGGCAACUGCAGUUACAUGCCAAACAGCUUGGACGGAUGUAAAGGCUACCCGUCAGAAAAGAUGAAGUUGAACAGCGACAACGACGAUAGUUCUGAGCAGUCGGCGACCUCAGGUUCAUAUUCCUUCCCGGAGUACGAAAAGGCCAAAAGCAACCUGUACAGCGUGAUCGAUGAUCACAAGCGUGCCUUUUUUCCAGAUUCGAACUUGGUUGGUGACUCGUUAACUAACGGCUCAUCGUCAUUUCCGCCAAAGAAAGAAAUUAACUUUUCGCGGGACAAGCAGAACGGUUCGAGUCUUGCUUAAGA